UAGUAGAUAUAGAGAGGUUUAUUCAAUCAAUGGAUUCUGUGAUCAUUAUUCAUUUCGGAUCGAUGGAGCAUCUAUUUCCCCAAUUCCGUGAUCCAAAAUGGUUGAACCAACUGGUAGGAUUAAUAGGCAAAAGCUUAGAGCAACUAAAGCUGCCUGCUAUAUGGUGGAUGACCUCCAAUUCCCCUCUCCACAAGGCCUGCCUCGAAAAUCCUUCUUUUGCUACGUAUAAUACGGCUCACAUCUGCCUAGAGGAUAUUCCACACGAUUUUAUUAUACCUGCUAUUCGUUAUGGAUUCCCAAAAAAAUGUUUUGACACCUGGUGGAUAGAUGUUCACAAAAACAAAGUUGAGGCUCCAAGAAAAAGAAAUAUCGGUGCUUUGCAUCAUGGAGGAGCAGGGACAUUUGGAUCAAUGGCGACCUACGGGGUUCCGCAACUCAUACUUCCCUGUAUGUUUGAUCAAUUCUUUUGGGCCGAAACGGGUGAAUCUCACGGCAUAAGUAAGACAUUGAACGUAGACGACCAUGAUUGGAGCAAAGCAUUCUCUUGGUCCGUGAAAGAUAAGAAAUCUUGCCAAGGUUAUCAAACCAUUGUAAAAAGUAGUACAGAAGAGGGACUUUUGCGCACUCUGAACGCAAUUUUGAGCAAUAAGUCCAAAUAGAUCUAAUGUGUAUUAUGCUCAUAAUAUAAAAGGUCUUAUAUU